CUCAAGCACAAACAUCCGAUAUGGCACCGAUUUCAAAAUCAAAGACGAACGAACAAGUACAGAAAGAACAGAAGAAGCGUGGUCGACCCAAAGGUUCUAAAAACAAGUCUUUGGCGAUGGCUUCAAAAUCAAAGAACAUUGGAGAAGCACAGAAGAACCGUGGUCGACCCAAAGGUUCCAAAAACAAGUCUUUGGCGAUGGCUUCAAAAUCAAAGAACAUUGGAGAAGCACAGAAGAAGCGUGGUCGGCCCAAAGGUGCCAAAAACAAGACAACCGACACAUCGUCCAAAAUCGCUAAGCCUAAGAAAAUUGGCAAGACAAAGGCUGUCGAAAAGCGCGGUCGACCCAGAACCAAGACGGACGCAGAAUAUCCCGUGAAAUUCGUUGACCUUGUCCUCAGGGCCUUCAAGGCUUUAAACAACCGUAAGGGAUCGUCUCUUCAGGCAGUUAAGAAAUACCUUAAGGAAAAUGAAGGAAUUGAUUCACAGAAGAAGGCCAUCUACAUUAACAAGAGUGUACGAAAACUGACUGAAGAUGGAACUCUACGUCAUCGUGCAGGAAUUGGGGCCAGAGGGACUUUCAAACUGGUUUCAGCAUAGUUGAGCCCUUUGAAUUGAGAAUAAGUGUUUAAAUUUGGAUUUUUUAAAUGAAAUAAAAUACUAUAUUUCAA